GUUCUCACUUGUAUUAUCACUUGUAUUUGACAUGGCCGCAGUUGCAACCCCCAGCCUUGUAGACUCCCAGAAGGUUCUUGACAGCUGGAAAGCGGCGGAUGGACCCACCGAAGGAGAAAAAAUUGGCUAUUUAAACAAGGCCCUCAACAACCUGGAUGACGCUAACAAAUAUGCAGACAAUGUCAAAGAGGCAUGGUUACGAAAUAUGGCAAGGACUUCCCCGAUCUUUCUACCUAUCUCGAUGAAUGGAAAGGUUACAAGGCUGAUUGGGUGAAACAUUUGUCGACCUCGCGCGACGUGGCGUCCAAACACGUCGCGCUCCUCAAACGCUUUGACGAGGUUUUCCUUAACAUGGUGGAAAGUAUUGCGACGGUGCAGGAUCGUAAGGACGUCAUCGCAGAGCUCCAGGAAUUCAUUGACGAAAAACAUGACGAUUCCCUUGAGAUGUCGCAAAAUUUCCUCAACCUCAAACGUGAUAUCCAGGCCUUUGUCAGUAGAUUUGAAGAAUGGAUCAAAGACAAGGAGAUAGAGUUGGCAGCUCAGGCAAAGAAAUUGAAAGACGAAAUUACAACUCUCCAGGGAGAAAUUGAAGUUUUGGACAAAAAGAUCAAAGAUGCCACUACGGCGCUUGCAGCCUGCGCUGGGCUGCUUAAUGUCGUUGGGAUGAUUGUUGCUGGCUCAGUCCUUGCUGCCUUUCAAGCAGAGCGCCAGGGGAAGGUGACGAAACUUAUAGGUAAACAGAAUGAUCUCAUCGACGUCAAUCGAAAACAGGCGGCGCUAGCUCAUCUCAAGACCGAUUUCGAUGGCUUGAAGCCAGACAUCGCAUUAAUUUGUGACAAGCUGGUCUUGUUCGCCGAAAUUUGGUCUUCAGUUCGUAGUCAAGCUGUACAGUUCCAAGAGCAUCUCAAAGGUGGAUCAAGUGCAGGUUCGAACAUGAGGUUCAAGUUGGAAGUUCGACUUGCGAGAAAAGUAUGCCAGCCUCUCAUGGCGGGUCUGGAGAGAUAUGCAACGGAACUCGAGAACCGUGAAAAAGCAAAGGAGUAAUUCAUCGGAUAAAUGGCAGGCUCUAGCCUCUCCUGGAUUUUGGUGAUGUAUGUUUCAGCUCGCGAUAGAAACAUGUCUCCUAUUUCAACAUUUCAACGCUUGUAUUAUAUGUGAUUAUCUGAACAACGAAAUUUUCCUCAUGCCUAAUGCAAAAUAUGCUCUGUACUAU